GAAUGCCUCUGCUAUUCGGGCGUAUAUAGGCCCACCCCCGCCCCGGUGUGUGACUCUGCAGCUUCCCGUACCCACCCCUUCCUCCUCUGCCAGUCCAUUUAGCUAUGGAACUAGCGUACCAAAAAGACGAACGGGCGUCGGGCCUCUCGACGCCCAUCGACGAGAAGCAUGACUUUGAGAAGGGGCAUGCCGUUCCCCGCGUCGAGGAGGUCACUGGGGCCGAGUUUGACGACCCUAACCUCGAUAAGGACAUGCUUGUCCUCGAGGAUGACUCUCCAUAUCCCGAAGUACGAUCGGCCGUCGCCAACACCGAUGAUCCCGACAUGCCCUGCGCGACAUUCCGCGCAUGGGUGCUCGGUGUCGCCUGGGCCAUCCUCAUCCCCGGCCUGAACCAGUUCUUCUUCUUCCGCUACCCCUCCGUCACCAUCUCCGGGCUCGUCGCCCAGCUGCUCUCCUACCCCAUCGGCCGCCUCUGGGCCGCCGUGGUCCCCAACGUUUCCGUCUUUGGCGUCCGACUCAACCCUGGUCCUUUCACUGUCAAGGAGCACGUCAUGGUCACCAUCAUGGCCAACGUCGGCUCGCAGUCCGCCUACGCGACGGAUAUCAUUGCCGUGCAGCGGGUGUACUACAACCAGAUCUACAACUUCUCGUACCAGUGGAUGGUCGUGAUGUCGACGCAGCUCAUCGGCUUCUCCAUCGGCGGUAUCGCCAGGCGGUUCCUGGUAUCCCCACCGUCCAUGAUCUGGCCGUCCAACCUGGUCCUCUGCGCGCUGUUCAACACCCUGCACUCGCAGGAGUACGCGGGUAUCGGGAACAGGGGCGGUAUCUCGCGUGAACGCUUCUUCGUCUACGCGUUCAUGGGCUCCUUCCUGUGGUUCUUCUUCCCCGGCUAUAUCUUCACGGCGCUCUCGGUCUUCUCCUGGGUCUGCUGGAUUGCACCGAGCAAUGUCAAGGUCAACCAGAUGUUCGGGUACGAAUCCGGCCUGGGUAUGAGCUUGAUCACCUUUGACUGGAGUCAAAUCGCGUACAUUGGCAGUCCAUUGGCUACCCCGUGGUGGGCGGAAGCGAACGUUGCCGCUGGCUUCCUGUUCUUCUUCUGGUUCCUCACCCCCCUCCUCUACUACACCAACACUUGGUACUCGCAGUACAUGCCCAUCUCUUCUCGUGGCUCGUACGACAACACAGGUGCGACCUACAACGUCACCGCCAUCCUCACGCCCCAGGGGACUCUCAACGCGACGAUGUACCACAACUACUCUCCGCUCUUCUUGUCUACGACAUUCGCUCUGAGCUACGGGCUGUCGUUCGCUAGCAUCACUGCGAUCAUCAUGCACACGCUGCUGUACUUCCGCAAGCAGAUCUGGGUGCAAAGCAGGCGCAGUCUGAGCGAGCAGCCGGAUAUUCAUGCUCGGUUGAUGAGCCGGUACCAGCAAGUCCCUGACUGGUGGUACCUCGUCAUCUUCGUCGUCAUGUUCGUUUUCGGUAUCAUCUCGAUCGAAGUGUGGCACACUCAGAUGCCCGUGUGGGCGUUCAUCCUCGCGCUCAUCAUCGGCUUCGUCUACACCAUCCCCAUCGGCAUGAUCCAGGCCAUCACCAACCAGCAGGUCGGGCUGAACGUCAUCACGGAGCUCAUCAUCGGGUACGCGCUUCCGGGGCGGCCCAUCGCGAUGAUGAUGUUCAAGACGUGGGGGUACAUCACCAUGACGCAGGCGCUGCAGUUCACGAGCGACUUCAAGCUCGGGCACUACAUGAAGAUCCCGCCGCGCCCGAUGUUCUGGUGCCAGGUCCUCGCGACCGUCGUCGCGGGCACCGUGCAGCUCGGCGUGCAGGCGUGGAUGUUCACGAACAUCGAGGACAUGUGCUCGCCGCACCAAAAGGACGGCUUCUCUUGCCCGUCGACGGAGGUGUUCGGCACGGCGUCCAUCAUCUGGGGUGUCAUCGGCCCCGCGCUGCAGUUCUCGAAGGGCCAGAUGUACUACGCCCUGACGUGGUUCUUCCUCAUCGGCGCGCUCGCACCCAUCAUUCCGUGGGCGCUCACGAGGAAGUACCCCAACAGCUUCUGGAAGUACGUGAACAUGCCCGUCAUCUUCACCGGCACGGGCCUCAUCCCGCCCGCGAGCGCGGUCAACUACGUCCCGUGGGCGAUCGUCGGAUUCAUCUUCCAGUAUGUCAUCCGCAGGAGACAUUUCGCGUGGUGGACCAAGUACAACUACGUCUUGUCCGCCGCGCUCGACUCUGGUGUGGCCGUGUCCAUCGUCGUGAUUUUCUUCUGCCUCCAGUACCCGCGGAACGGGACGAUCGGCGCCAACACGCUCGCGAAGUGGUGGGGCAACACCGUCUACACCAAUACCGCUGACUACAAUGGCACGGCGUUGAGGACCCUCAGUGAUGCUGAGCCCACUUUUGGUCCCUCGACCUGGUGAGCGGCCAAGGAGAAUAGACCGGUUGAUUGAACUAUUUGGUUUGAUGAUUUUGUGACGAUUACUGGGUAUAUGUUCAGAUUAAUGUAUGAUCACGAUGAUGGUUGGCGCGUAAGAAUGCUGUUGGGGCAUGUUGAUGACCGGUCUAACACUAGAUGCAUCAUUGAUUUACUGUAAUUUUGAUGAGGUACUGUUCUUAGUAACCUCUUCCUCUGAAGGAGGAUGUUAUAGAUGAUGUCGUGUAUUUGUACUAAUGUAAUGGUUCUUGCGAUGUCUAUUCCCUUUGCAAGGUUGGGAGAGCUCGCAUCCGUCCUCGAGAGUUUCCAGCAGUUCUUGCCAUGGCA